AUUAAACAGUUAGAUAAGAUAACGACCAGGUGUCUCGGUGCUUGUGUAGGUAGUUCAGCAAGUCGAUUUCGUACACAAAAACGUUCCAGCUGUUUUCAUAACCAUGGAAUACUCUCAUCAAAGCUUGGUUUGGCUCGGGUUAACAAUUUGUCUGUUUGGGCCACAUUUUGCUGCUUGCUCGUCGGGAGACUCCGGAUGGACUUGUCAAGUCGAUGGCAAAAUAUAUAAGCAGGGCGAAAAUUUCACAACCUCCCUGGCCGGUCCAUGUGUCAUCUAUACGUGUUAUGGUGGCGCUGUGCAGCAGGUCAAGGCCGGCUGUGAUCACAACGGCGUAUGCAUGGACAUUGGUCAGUCUUGGACCAGCCAGUGUUUGACCUUCCAGUGCCAAGUCAACAAUGGCGUCAUCGGAAUCCAUAUCGUAAACGGAAGUUGUGCGAUCGCCGGCACGUGUCUCGGAGUGAAUGAGAUCUUCCGCCAGGGCUGCUUCAACUACACCUGUGACCUUCACAUGCACGGGCGACAUCGUUCCUACAGGGUGCUGCUAAAAGAAUGGGGAUGUACCAAUGGAGUCAAGUGCCUCCCCGCAAACUACACGGAGACCUCCAACUGUGUGACGAGGCGCUGUGAAGAGCGGAAUGGCAGUGUAGGCCUGUUUGACAUCAGUCAAGCUUGCCAGACACCAAGCCAUGAGUGCGUCAAGCCAGGGGAAACGUAUGUCGAUAAAUGCCGCACUCACAAGUGCAAACAACAAGUAUUCCUUGGCAUAAAGGUCUUCUCCUUGGAACCUACGAGCGCAUUGUGCGAGGACGCUAACGGCAAGUGUCACGGCGCUGGCGACGUCUUCAGUGUCAGCAUGAAUAACCACCUUGUCCACAACUGCACCUGUCAAUUGGCCGGCAUCAGCCCCCACUACAAAUGCAGUGAUGCGGUACCUUAAGACAAAACCAUGGCGGUCGUCUGUAUGUGGGAUAUCUUUCGCAUGUAAUAAUGAACAAUAAAAUAGCUUCCUUUCAA